ACUCAAGUGACAUUGUGGUUAGUCCUGAAACGACGACGUAUCAAAAAAAAACCCUAAAACCUUAACAGUUCAACCGGAGAGCUCCGCUCUGAGGAGAAGAUCAGAAUCACAGAAUGAUCCGAUUCGCGAGAUCGAAACCUAAAAUCGAGCUACUGGGUUACGAUUUUCUUCAGAAAUGCUACGCUAGUGGAACCCCUAAAGGAAAAGCUAAGCUGAAGACGGGCCAACCAUUGAAGCGCAACAAACUCACAAUCAAGAAAGGCGGCGGAAGCAGCGGCGGAGGAGGUGGUGAGGAAGCAGGUAAGGGAAAAGGAAGAAUCUCAGAUGAGAAGCAGAAGCUAUACGAUCAAUGCAUAAACGCUCCUUGCCCUGUUCGUUACCUUCGACCCAAAGAUAUAGAAAGAGAGGCGAAACGAGAGAAGCUAGGGUUGAUCAGUAAAGCGAGACAACGAGAGAUUGAGAUUCAGAAGAAAAGUGGAUACAAAAUGGGAGUUACUAUUACUACUACCACAGAGCCGAUUAGGAUUGGGACUCCGGGAUUGGAUUACAUUUCGUUAGGGAUUUUUAUGGAAGAUGAGUUGCCUAAGUAUAAAGUUACGGUAGAGGAUGGGAAGAGACUUGCUAAAGAGUAUAGUAGAGUGCUUAUGAGAGAGCAUAGGGCGAAACGUGUGGCGGAGACUAAUUUGUUGAAGUUGAGGAAAGCUGCUGUUGAGGCAUUGCCUGAGCAUUUGAAGAAGUCUGCUUUAGUGCGUGAUUUGACUCCGUUUCCGGCGAUUCGAGGUAUUGCUACGCUUACUCCUCCUAUUGAAGGGUAUCUUGAGAAGAUUAUGAAUGCAGCUAAUAAGAGGAACUCAGGUAAAGAGAAGCUGAGAUGAUGAGGUUAGUGGAAUUUGUCUUUCCGCUGUUAGUUUGUUUCACUCUUUGUGUUGGAGAUGAGUUGUGUUGAUUGGAUUUCGAUCAAAGGAAACAACUUUGAGACAUUUUACUACUUUGUGAUGAUCUUCCUGAAAUAAAAUUUGGCCAUAUUGGCUAUUACCACUCUAUGGUCCUUUUUUUACUUUCUUCUGUUUGAGGUUAAGUUAUAUCAUAUCGAGUUGUGAAUGGUGAAUUUUUCUAGGAUGUAAAAUGGAACCAUCCUCUUGUUUGAGGCUU